CCCGAGGAUGGUGAAUGCAGGCAGCUGCUGACCCUGCCUCCGCCGCUGCUUCUCGGGGGCUGCCGUGUGCUGGGCCCUCAGUCUCCUCCCCUUGCCGGGCUGUGGGUGAACCUGCAAGCUCCUUACCCACCCGGAGGACUUUUUUUUGAAAGGAGACCAGGGAGGGAGGGAGAGGGAGAGAGGGAGAAAACGAAGGGGAGCUCGUCCAUCCACUGAAGCACAGUUCACUAUGAUCUUACUCACAUUCAGCACUGGAAGACGGUUGGAUUUCGUGCAUCAUUCGGGGGUAUUUUUCUUGCAAACCUUGCUUUGGAUUUUAUGUGCUACCGUCUGCGGAACGGAGCAGUAUUUCAAUGUGGAGGUUUGGUUACAAAAGUACGGCUACCUUCCACCAACUGACCCCAGAAUGUCGGUGCUGCGCUCUGCGGAGACCAUGCAGGCCGCCUUAGCUGCCAUGCAGCAGUUCUAUGGCAUUAACAUGACAGGAAAAGUGGACAGAAACACAAUUGACUGGAUGAAGAAGCCUCGAUGUGGCGUACCUGACCAGACAAGAGGUAGCUCCAAAUUUAAUAUUCGUCGAAAGCGAUAUGCAUUAACAGGACAGAAGUGGCAGCACAAACACAUCACUUACAGUAUAAAGAACGUCACUCCAAAAGUUGGAGACCCUGAAACCCGGAAAGCUAUUCGCCGUGCCUUUGAUGUGUGGCAGAAUGUGACUCCUCUGACAUUUGAAGAAGUUCCUUACAGUGAAUUAGAAAAUGGCAAACGCGAUGUGGAUAUAACCAUCAUUUUCGCCUCUGGUUUUCAUGGAGACAGUUCUCCCUUUGAUGGAGAGGGAGGGUUUUUGGCACAUGCCUACUUCCCUGGACCAGGAAUUGGGGGAGAUACUCAUUUUGACUCAGAUGAGCCAUGGACACUAGGAAAUCCUAAUCAUGAUGGAAAUGACUUAUUUCUUGUAGCAGUUCAUGAACUGGGACAUGCUCUGGGAUUAGAGCAUUCCAAUGACCCCACUGCCAUCAUGGCCCCUUUUUACCAGUACAUGGAAACUGACAACUUCAAACUACCUAAUGAUGAUUUGCAAGGCAUCCAGAAGAUUUAUGGUCCACCUGACAAGAUUCCUCCACCGACAAGACCUCUACCGACAGUGCCCCCACACCGGUCCAUUCCUCCGGCUGACCCGAGGAAGAAUGACAGGCCCAAACCUCCCAGGCCUCCCACUGGCAGACCUUCCUAUCCCGGAGCCAAACCCAACAUCUGCGAUGGGAACUUUAACACUCUAGCUAUUCUUCGCCGCGAGAUGUUUGUUUUCAAGGACCAGUGGUUUUGGCGAGUGAGAAACAACAGAGUGAUGGAUGGGUACCCCAUGCAAAUUACUUACUUCUGGCGGGGCUUGCCUCCUAGUAUCGAUGCAGUUUAUGAAAACAGUGAUGGGAAUUUUGUCUUCUUUAAAGGUAACAAAUAUUGGGUGUUUAAGGAUACAACCCUACAACCCGGUUAUCCUCAUGACUUGAUUACUCUUGGGAGUGGAACUCCCCCGCAUGGAAUUGAUUCAGCCAUUUGGUGGGAAGACGUUGGGAAAACCUAUUUCUUCAAGGGGGACAGAUAUUGGAGAUAUAGUGAAGAAAUGAAGACCAUGGAUCCUGGCUAUCCCAAACCAAUCACCGUCUGGAAAGGUAUCCCUGAAUCUCCUCAGGGAGCCUUUGUGCACAAAGAAAAUGGCUUUACGUAUUUCUACAAAGGGAAGGAGUACUGGAAAUUCAACAACCAGAUACUCAAAGUAGAACCUGGAUAUCCCAGAUCCAUCCUCAAGGAUUUUAUGGGCUGUGAUGGACCAACAGACAGAGAUAAAGAAGGACACAGCCCACCAGACGAUGUAGACAUUGUCAUCAAACUGGACAACACAGCCAGCACUGUGAAAGCCAUAGCUAUUGUCAUUCCCUGCAUCUUGGCCUUAUGUCUCCUUGUAUUGGUUUACACUGUGUUCCAGUUCAAGAGGAAAGGAACACCCCGCCACAUACUGUACUGUAAACGCUCUAUGCAAGAGUGGGUGUGAUGUAGGGUUUUUUUUCUUUCUUUCUUUUCCAGGAGUUUGUGGUAACUUGAGAUUCAAGACAAGAGCUGUUAUGCUGUUUCCUAGCUAGGAGCAGGCUUGUGGCAGCCUGAUUCAGGGCUGACCUUUCAAACCCAGAGGGUUGCUGGUCCUGCACAUGAGUGGAAAUACACUCAUGGGGAAGCUUCCAUGAUGCACAGUAUCUGCCGUUCUUCAGUCCUUUGUCUUUCUUUGUCAUUCAGUUCUAGGCCUUUCCUCUGCACGCUCAAUGCCCAGUAAAUUUUCAGGAUUAACUAAAGAAGAGGAAAAAAAGAAGAA